AUGGGAGAUGAUAAGUGCAUGCCAGCAUGGACAGCGGUGUGUGCUAAUCACAAGGAACCCUGGGAGUUUUUCUGCAAGGAACACCAGGAAUGUCUCUGCAGAUCCUGCUUAGAGGAGCACAAAUCCCACCUGUACCUGCUUCUGGAAGACGCUAAAGCUGCUAGCAUGGACAUUCUGAAAGAGAACAUCAGGACACUGGAAGAUUCCCAGAAGCAAAUACAGCUAAAUGUCGUGUGGCUGCAGGAUGCUAGAUCCCAGGUUGCUAGCGAUCGUGCUAAGCUGAGGGAACAGCUAGCGCAGCUGUUCGACGAGGUGCAGGAAACUCUGGCUCUUGAAAAGAAGGCAUUUUUAGCUUCAGUUGAUGAUGAGAAAGAGAAGAGCCUCACACUUUUAGAGUCUCACCUCAGCGAGGUGCAGGAGAAGAAAGGAGAAUUAGCACGGCUAAUCACAAAGGCUAACGAACUGGUGGAAAAGGAGAUUUCCGCUAAAGACUUUAUGGACUGUUACAGUUGGGUGAUGGGGAAGAUGCUGAGGAUUGAUAUAAAUGUCCCACAAUGCCAUGCGGCGAGGCAUGAGCUGGACAGGACUGUUAUUGGCCAGCUUAAGCGAGACAGCCAGGCUGCCGUAAGAAACGUUAGCAAAUCGAUACGUGAUAAACUACUAAGGAUGCCUGUCCGGGUCACGGCACCAAAACCAGCCAGUUCUUUCACUUUGAAACCUCCUGUACCUCAAAGAUCAGUCAAAUCCACCACUUUUAAACCAUCAACCUCACAAACAUCUGAUUUCCUGUUGGAUCCAAACACCGCGCACUGCAACAUUAGCAUAUCUGAAGACCGUUUAUCUUGCCAGUGGGUGGCCCAUCCCUUGACUUGUCCGCCUCACCCCGAGCGCUUCCGCCUGCACCCGCAGGUGCUGUGCAGUCAAGGCCUGUCCGCAGGAGAGCACACCUGGCAGGUAGAAGUGGGUGGAACCCGCCGGUGGGAGGUGGGGGUCACCUGUAAGAGUCGUGACCAGGCCUGGGUGGACUCCUGCAUCAGCUGGGCUCUGCGAUGGGACGGCCGCCAGCUUCAGGCUUUCGAGGGACACAAACGCUACUUCAACUCAAAACUAAGGACCAUAAAUCGAGCACCAACGCUUCUCCGGCUCCACCUGCACUUCAGCCAGAAAACUGAACUGAGCUUCUACACCUCUGAGGACGAUCUCCUGCACACCUUCACCAUUAAAACCUCAGGACCCGUCUUCCCAGGCUUCUAUCUGGAAGAAUCGUCCGUGAAAAUCAAAAAGUUGGAUUUUCAGAAGCAUUAGCCAUUUGGGUGCCCUAAGCACUAAUGCUUUGUUGUGCCUUGAAACCUCCAAACCUGUUUGGUUUCCCAUUACUUUACGAUACUAGAGUAAUAUCUCUUGAUACUUAAACCCUAAAUACUAUAGAAAGGGUUCUUCAAGAUUUGUGGUUAUAAGAAUCCAAAAUCUGGUUCAUGCUAAAGCGAAUAGACAUUUUUCCUAGGUUUGACCUUGGAUUACUCCAAAUUGCUACAGAAAAAUCACUUAAUACUUUUAUAAUUAAUAAAAUAAAAAUUGUUCUUCAAGGAUUUAAUAGUGACAUUUGAUAAAAGUUGGAUUUGUUGGUUUUAUAGGACUCCAAAAUCUGGUUUAUACAUAACCGAAUAAACAUUUUUCCUAA